AUAAUAGUCCAAGCAUCUCAAGAAUCCAACUCAACUGUUGCUUCUCUUUAUGUAGAUUCAACUGUUGGCUCUGCGGUUACCGAAAAUCAAUCCGUAUCUCAAACAUCAACAUCUAGUUUGGAGUAUAGCACACAAGCUUCAUCUCAGGAAUCUGGCGAAAUUCGUACCUCAGAUUCAGAGUCCAGUAACCCACUUUCUCAACAAUCAAGUGAAGUAUCAAUAGAUGUAACUGUUGGAUCAGUUGAUUCAGUCGCGACAGAAACCAGUAGCCAAGCUUCGCAAACAUCUUCACAAUCGUCCAGCAAUGUAUCAGUCUCAGUUUCAAUUACAUCUGAAGGUAACGAACCUACGACUUCUAAUACGUCUGAUGGUAACACCGUUGUGAUAGUCACCACAAAUGAUAAUGACUUUGGUUCAGCUGGAACAUCAUCUCAAUCUUCAAGUCAUCAAGAUGUCUCGUCUCUUAAUGAACAUCCAACUGAGAGUCAAGAUCUUACAACAACUAGUGAAUCGUUGUCAGAUGAAAUCGAUUUUGAAUUUUCAACUGAUUCUUAUGAAGAAGUAACCGUCGGAUCAUCAGCCUCAUCUGCAACUAGUAACUACGAAUCACAAUCAUCUAACCAUGAAUCAGUCUCAGUUUCAGCUACAACUCAAAGUAACGAACCUACAACUUCUAAUUCAGCUGAUGGUAACACAGUGGUCGUAGUCGUGGCAACAAAUCAGAAUGACUCUGCUUCAUCUGGUACUCCAUCACAAUCUGCAAAUCAGCAAACAAGUUCUAGUUCUUCGUCUGCGACUAACAGUCAAGCAUCUCAAGAGUCAAACCCAACUGUUGCUUCUCUUUAUGAAGAUUCAAUUGUUGGCUCUGCGGUUACCGAAAACCAAUCCGUAUCUCAAACGUCAACAUCUAGUUCGGAGUAUAGCACACAAGCUUCAUCUCAGGAAUCUGGUGCUAAGCGGACCUCAGAUUCAGAGUCCAGUAACCCAGUUUCUCAACAAUCAAGUGAAGUAUCUGCAGAUGUAACUGUUGGAUCAAUUGUUCCAGUUUCAACUGAAACUAGUAGCCAAGCUGUCCAAACGUCCUCGCAGUCAUCCAGCAAUGUAUCAGCCUCAGUUUCAUCUGAAGUUAACGAACCUACAACCUCUAGUACCUCUGACGGUAACACAGUUGUUGUAAUUGUAUCAUCAAACGAAAACAGCGAAGUUUCAUCUUCGCAAUCCGCUAGCCAUGAAUCAAAACCAUCUGAUGACUCUGUUUCUCAAUCAGUUACCCCAGCAUGGAACUCUGCUUCUUUACAUGAGGGUCAAGAUCUCACAACAUCUAGUGAAUCAUUAUCUGAUGAAAUUGCUUUUGAAUUUUCAACUGAUUCUUACGAAGAUGCUACUGUUGGGUCAUCUUCAAGUCAGCAAACUAACUCUGGUUCUGCGGCUAAUAAUCAAGCAUCUCAAGAAAAUCGCCCAACUGUUGCUUCAACUUUUGAUUUUAUUUCAGAAGCCCCAAGCACUCAAUCAUCUUCCAGUCCAUCUUAUGACGAUACCACCGUUGGAUCAUCAGAGGUUGUAGACCAAUCUACUUCUCAAACAUCCAGUCAAAAUACAACACCUAGUUCUUCAGUCGAAUCUGGCUCAAUCCGAAAUUCAGAUUCAGAUUCACAGUCUUAUAGCCCAGUUACUCAACAAUCAGGUGAAGUAUCAAUCGAUGUGACCGUUGGAUCAGUCGACUCAGUUUCAACUGAAACUAGUAGCCAAUCCACCCAAACAUCAUCACAAUCGUCCAGCAAUGUAUCAGUCUCCGUUUCAACUGCAUCUGAAGGUAACGAACCUACAACUUCAGCAUCUAGUUCUUCAGCCCAAUCUGGCACUCAAUCAUCCCAGGAAUCUGGUUCUAUCCGUACCUCAGAUUCAGAAUCUAGUAAUCCAGUUACUCAACAGUCAAGUGCGAUAGAUAUAGAUGUAACAGUUGGAUCAGUUGAUUCAGUUUCUUCAGAAACGAGUAGCCAAGCUUCGCAAACGUCUUCACAAUCAACUAGCAACACAGCAAAUUCAUCUGCAGGUUCUUCUGGUGUAGAUGCUGUUGUUGUAUUUGUUACCUCAACUGAAGCAACUACCGUUUACCAAUCUGGCAGUUCAUCUAGCUCAAGUUCAUCAGCAAGUUUCCAUUUUACCAACCAGACAAGCCAAGUUAAUGAAGACAAUGAACCAGCAGUAUCAACAGAAACUAUUCAAGUCGACCAAACAUCUACUCAGUCUUCAAGUCAAGAGGCUGUUUCAACUUCCAGCGCUUCCUCUGAAACAAAAAAUCCAGUUACACAACCAGCUGUUGACACUUCUUCUUCCGAAUCCUCUCAUGCCUUUGACGAGAUAACGCGUGUUUCUACUCCUCUGGAAUCGAUAACCGAAGCUGUGAAUGAAGUUAAUAAUGAGUCUGAUAGUACUGAAGCCUCUCAAAUAACUUCAACUGGAAAUGCUUCACAUAAUCACACUUUAUACGUUGCUGUCAAAGUAUCUUCAACUGAACCUAUUGUCGCUUCGUCUGUCGCCAAAAAGGUUAAAACGGUGCUUUCUAGUUCCUCAAAUUCAGCUGAUGUUGUAGUUAUCCCUGCAGCAUAA